AUGGCGGGACGCGAGGAGGCCGAGCCGGGCGCCUCGAGCCCGAGCCGGAGUCCGAUCUGCGCCCAGGGGUUCAUAGGCGCCGCGGCGCUGUGGGUCGCGGCGACGUUGUUCGCACUGCCCGGGCCGAGCGCGGCCACCACGCACUGGGUCGUGACGGAGGACGGACGCAUUCAGCAGCAGGUGGAUUCCCAGUUGAACUUGAAGCACCCCCAUGAUCUCGUGUUGUUCAUGCGCCAGGAGGCGCGGCUGGAGGCCCUCAAGGAGCUCGAGCUGGUUCUUAUGGAGCAUAAAAUUCACAUCGAGGAGAAUGAAGACAAGGACACGCGCCUGGAGGAGCGGCACUGCGAGGAGCCGGCCUGCACACAUGCCCGCGUCCCCCUCGGUGACCUGGAUCUCUAUCAUGGCACCUACAUCGCCCUUGAGACCAAGAACAUCCGGCCAGAAGAUCACAUAGAUGUAAAGCACAAGCCAAGUGGUGACUUACUGAGUCCGGACUGCAUGCGUAUCCUGGAGCUCGCCUACAGCAUACACGCGUUUCAGCACCUGCGGGGUGUGCAGGAGAGAGGAAAUCUGAGUGCUCCAUUGCUGUCCCCAGAGGAUCCUGUAUUCCAAGCAUUGCCGCUUCCCAUGGGGACCGGCAGCCUCGAUGAACUGGGGCAUCUGAUUCACCUGGCGUUGCAGCAGAACAAGACAUCCUGGGUGCUUUACAACAUGGCCUCUUACUACUGGCGUCUCAAGAACAGUCCCACGCAAGUGGCCGAGUGUGCUAUGAGAGCCCUGCACCUGUCCCCAGGUAAUAACCAUGACGUGGCGCUGGUGAACCUUGCCAGCGUGCUGCACCGAGCCCACUACUCGGCUGAUGCCGCCGUGCUGCUGCAUGCUGCGCUACCCAUCUCCAGCGAUCCGGCCACAGUUCACUACACCCUGGGCAACGUCUAUGCCAUGCUGGGAGAGUACAACCACUCGGUGCUCUUCUACGAGCAGGCGCUCGUGCUGCGGCCCGAGCUGGAGGCUGCGGGGAGGAGGCGCCACGCUGUUCUUUGCCAGCAGGGACUUGAGCGCAAGCUGGAGGCUCAGCACAGGUCCCUGCAGCAGACGUUGAGUGAGCUGAAGGAGUACCAGCGGCAGCACGAGCAGUACGUGCACCUGCAGGAGCAAGUGGAGCGGCACAAAGUCCCGGCUGACCAACAGCUGCUUCACACGAUCCUGCACGAGGCUCAUCUAGCCCGCGACACUCACUCCGGUAACAGUCAGGUGUGUCGGUGGAGCCAGCAACAGAAGCUGCUGGUUUGUCAGUGGGAUCAGCCGGUGCGGUACACGAAAGGGGAGGGAGAAGAUGGCAUCGAGCGCGUGCAGGUUGGAGGCUUCUCGUGA